UUUUUUAUUAAGACUUUAAAAGCUUGCCACCAAAUUGCUUCUGAAGUGAAAGGAAUCAAGUCCAGAAUCAUCAAUAUUUUUGAGGGACAUCAGCGAUAUAGUGACAUGCAUGGCAAAAAAGAGCAAGGCUCAAGCUCUACUCAUUCAGACAUCGCAUGGUAUCAUUGUCGUGGCGAUGCCCUUCUACUCCAAGAAGCCGACCUUGUGGGCAUUGACAAGCCCAAAUCACACUUGAUUCAGUUGCUAGUGGAUGAGGAUCCUCGACUCAAGGUGCUUUCUAUACCCGGCAUGGGCGGAUUGGGCAAAACCACCCUUACAAAAAAAGUCUGCAAUGACGCAAUAGUGAAGAGGCACUUCCAGAACCAUGCUUGGAUCACUGUGUUUGAAUCAUUCAAGGUCAAAGAGCUUUUAAAAGACAUGAUUCGAGUUCUCUUUGAAAAAGUCAGGCAACCACUCCCACGAGGAGUGGACAGUAUGGAUGCAAAUAACUUGAAAGGUAUAAUUAAUGCCUUUUUGCAGCAAAAGAGGUAUGUGCUUGUUUUGGAUGAUGUAUGGGAUAUUCGUGCAUGGGAAGUUUUAAGAAUCAUUCUUCCUGAAUGCAAUUGUGGCAGUUGAGUAAUUUUGACAACAAGAAAUAUAGAUUUAGCU